AUGAUUCGUUUCAUUACAGGAGACUCUGUUGACAACGUUACUAACCCAAUUGUUCAAACAUAUCCUAUGAAGGUCAAAUCAAUUCCUUUUACUUUAUUUACUAUAUUUUCUAAUAAAUAUACGUUAUAUAGAUUUUUAUGGUUUAAUGUACGUGAAUAUAUCUUUACAUUUUCUUUACUUAUUUUCAUUGUUCUUUCAAUGAUUUAUGGUAUUAAGGAUAUGCCUUCAUGGUUUGAUAAUAUUAAAAGUGAAACAGGUUCUAUUUUUUUUAAAAUAGGAAGUGUUUUUAGAAGACCACUCCCGAUAUUAUUCUGUCUCCUUUUACUUCCGUUACCAAAGAAUAACAUCAGUCUGAUUAGUAUUUUUGGAACAACUUUUCAAGAUAUAUUAAUGCUUCAUAAAAUUAGUGGAUGGUUAUUUGGUAUAUUUGCUAUUAUUCAUUCAUGUUGUGAUAUUAUUGGGUGUGUAUUAGGUGGACUAAAAUUAAGUUCAGCUUCCUACAAAAAUGGAAUUCUUUGUUUUGGUUUUAUUGUUAUUUUAGUAUUGACUUUAUUCAUAAGAAGAAAAUUUUAUAAUAUAUUUCAUAAAAUUCAUAUUAUUUGCUUUUGUUGUAUUAUUCCAACUUAUAUCUAUCAUGUUAAGGCUUUUACUCAUAACUAUUAUUAUUAUUUAUUUAUCCCACUUUCAUUAUAUCUCUUUGAUAUCCUAUUACGUUUUCUACAUUUCGUUUUUCCAGCUAAAAUUAUAUCAAAGGAAGUUACUAAAACUGGAUAUGUCAUCCUUCGAUUCAAAAAGAAUAUUUUUUACAACUCAACCCAAUUUAUGGACGUUCUUAUUCCUACAAUUUCCCCUUGGUCAUUCCAUCCUUUUUCUAUUGUUUGUUCAAAUUUUACCCAAAUUAUGGAAAGAAAACUUUCUGAACAUCAAAAAGACUCCAUCAAUAACCCUUUAUUAUCUCAAGAAAAUGUUCCAAUUACAAUCUCAUCACCUAAUUCAGAAUCUCAUGUAACUCAAGAAGAACCAUUAAUAAAAAGAACAAAUAAACGGUCUCAUUGUUCAGAAAUUUGUAUUGUUGUUGCUCCAUUUGGUGGGUGGACAAAUAAAUUAAAAGAGGCUAAUGAAGAAACAUUAAAAAAGAUUCCUAUGUUUGUUUUAAAUCCUGUUGGAAGGCCUAUAUGCGCCCUUGGUAAUGCACGUAAAAUAGUAUUAAUUGGUACUGGAAUUGGAUUUGCUCCAAUGCUUGGACAUUUACAAGCUCUUUGUAUUGAUGGAGUUCAUGAAGUUGAUGUUAUUUGUGUAACACGAUCAAAUGAUCUUGUCAUUGCAUUCCAAGAAGAUCUUAUUGUUGCUAAGACUAGAAUAAUUGGAACUAUAGAAAAUUAUUGUACAAGAGAAAUAGAAGAAUGUCCACGUCUAACUGAUGUUGUUAGUUUUAUUGAAGGAAGACCAUCUUUCAGUUCAAUUGCUUCAAAAUAUACUGGAAUGAAAGAUGUUCUUGUUCUUGGAUGGGGAUCAUCUAUGUUAACAAAUGAAAUUAAAAAAGCAUUUCGCAAAGUUCAAGGAGUUCAUUUUACUGUGUAUACAGAAAAUGGUAAAUUUUAA